UGUCCCUUUAAAUGGGGACGCUGGUGCUGGCUCCGUAACACCGGAGCCGGCAGCUUGUUGAUUUCAGAGCUGGUGAAUUUCACAUUGUUUCCACUUCACUUUCCUCGCUCCGAGGGAGGCUCCAGUUGGCUCUACGACCGCUGUCGCUGCUGCCAGCGAGGGCCAGGGGAGGGCAGGGACCUGCAGCAUCCGGGCCGGCGUGGGGCCGCUGGGAAGGGUGUCGGGGCCCCACACGCACCCUCGCUGCAGUCAGCUGCUGCCGAAGCCGGGACUGCCAGCCUAGACGCCCGCCGGCCAGCCCGCCCACGGGCCGGGGCCGCAGCCAGGGAGCCGGCGAGGGGAGGAGGCCCGGGGGGGCGGGGUGGGGGGCGGGGGUGGGUGCUGCCGCCGCCGCGGAGCUGCUACUCGGCGCGUUUUGCAUGAAGAUGGCGGCUCCCACCGCCAGCAAGGCAGCCUCCCUGGGCUGUAACAACAAGCCCACGUUCCCGGAGCUGGAUUUCAGGUCAGGAGCUCGGGUGGAGGAAUUGAACAAACUCAUCCAAGAAUUCACGAAGCACGACCAGCGGGAAUACGACGACCAGAGAGCGCUGGAGAUUCACACAGCCAAGGAUUUCAUCUUUUCCAUGCUGGGAAUGGUGCAAAAGCUGGACCAAAAACUUCCAGUGGCCAAUGAGUACCUGUUGCUCUCUGGGGGAGUCCGGGAAGGUGUGGUGGACCUGGACUUAGAUGAGCUUAAUGUCUAUGCCCGGGGGACAGACUAUGAUAUGGACUUCACUCUUCUGGUGCCAGCCCUUAAGCUGCAUGACCGUAAUCAGCCUGUGACACUCGAUAUGCGCCACUCAGCCUUGUGCCACUCCUGGCUGAGCCUCCGGCUCUUUGAUGAGGGGACAAUCAGUAAGUGGAAAGACUGCUGCACCAUUGUGGAUCACAUCAAUGGUGCCACCAACUACUUCUUCUCCCCAACCAAAGUGGCCGACUGGUUCCAUGACUCCAUCAGCAUUGUCCUGUCCGAGAUCCAGAAGAAACCCCAGCGAGGGAUGCCGAAGGUGGAAAAGGUAGAAAAGAACGGGACCAUAAUCUCCAUCAUCCUGGGUGUGGGGAGCAGUCGCAUGUUGUAUGAUAUUGUCCCCGUGGUAUCUUUCAAAGGCUGGCCUGCAGUGGCCCAGAGUUGGCUCAUGGAGAACCACUUUUGGGAUGGGAAGAUCACCGAGGAAGAGGUCAUCAGUGGAUUUUACUUGGUGCCUGCUUGCUCCUACAAGGGCAAGAAGGACAAUGAAUGGCGGCUGUCCUUCGCCAGGAGCGAGGUGCAGCUGAAGAAGUGCAUCUCCAGUAGCCUCAUGCAGGCCUACCAGGCGUGCAAAGCCAUCAUCAUUAAACUCCUGUCCCGGCCCAAGGCUAUCAGCCCCUAUCACCUGCGGAGCAUGAUGCUCUGGGCCUGUGACAGACUUCCUGCCAACUACUUGGCCCAAGAAGACUAUGCAGCCCACUUUUUGCUGGGCCUCAUUGAUGACCUCCAACACUGUCUGGUCAACAAGAUGUGCCCCAAUUAUUUCAUCCCUCAGUGCAACAUGCUGGAGCACCUGUCAGAGGAGACCGUCAUGCUUCACGCGCGGAAGCUCUCCUCCGUCCGCUCAGACCCAGCCGAGCACUUGCGCACCGCCAUCGAGCACGUCAAGGCAGCCAACCGGCUGACUCUGGAGCUCCAGAGGCGAGGGAGCACCACUAGCAUCCCCUCCCCGCAGUCUGACGGAGGGGACCCCAACCAGCCCGAUGACCGUUUGGCCAAAAAACUGCAACAGCUAGUGACUGAGAACCCGGGGAAGUCCAUCUCUGUCUUUAUUAACCCUGAUGAUGUCACGAGGCCCCAUUUCAGAAUCGAUGAUAAAUUUUUCUGAGCAUUUUGCUGCCUUUUUUCUUUUUCCUGGUUCUAAAACUCUCAUAAUGUGUAGUGUGGUUUGUGAUGCCGACUUUCCGUUUUUUACAUAUCCAGCCUAGAUUGGAUCUGUUAAGAACACAUGUUAAGUUUCCUGGUUCUGCAGGACAGUGCAGGCUCUGAAACAGUAUAUUACUAUUUCAUAUUCUGCCUCUGAUUUUGUUGUUUACUUUUUGUCGGUAUUGUCACACUGGUUUUGGUUUUGUUUUUUUUUUAAGGAGAACUUGAGCCAUAGAUGAAAAUGCCCAUGAAUUCUCUUGCUUUUUACUGUUUCAUGCUUUGUGCAAAUUUGUUAAUGAGGAUAGGGCAAGAGAUCUCUUUCUGACGCUUCAGGAGUCUUUUUUUUUUUUUUUAAAUGAGCUUUCAUCACUACAGAUAUUUCAAAAUCAUCUGAACCUGGAAACUACCUGGUAUGCUAGCUGGAUUUCUUUCUUUUGACCAGUGACCAGAGUAGUUUCCCUCUUUCCACCAAACAAUGUAGACUUUGAAAGUGAUAAUGCUACUAGUUGUGUUUUGGAGCAACUUCAUUGAAUGUAAUUGUCCUCAGAUCAGAACUUUGGAUGGUUUGGAGGCUGUGUUUGACAACUUUCCAAACAGAAUUAAGGUUUCCAAAUGGUAGUUUUAGCGUGUGUAAUUAUUUGAAGCCUUAUUUAAAUCCUAUUAAAGAACAUACCAUUAUAAUUGUUAUUUGCACUAAUGAAAUCUUGGCCAUUGUCAGAGUUCCAGUGUGUGUGUUUCAAUAUAAAUUGACAUCCACUGUUGAAAUGCUAUCAUUGUUUUUUAUUUAGCCCAUUUCUCUCAAUCAAUAGAAUGAUUCUUUGCAUUUGUUUCGUUCUCCUUUAAUUGUGGGGUCCUGUUUUGCCCUCUUUGAUAUUCCUGGUUCCUGCCUCACUGAGAGAAGUUUGUGAAGCUUUACACCUGCUUAGUGACCAUCCAAAGCUGGAGAAAAUAUAUACUUGAUAGAGUAGGUGUCUUUGUAUGUACUGCUUUUGGGGUUAUAGAGGUAAGCUUUUUUUGUAAAGUCUCUUUGCUUCUACUGGGAGUUGUGGGGAAAACUGGCAGAAAGAAUUUAUAAUCCCCAAAUAGAAGAUAGCAUGCCUGUUCAAAAGCAGGUGUUUCUAUAGAGCAGGUACAAGGACAUAUCUAUGGGUGGUAGCUUCGUGUGGAGGUGUCUUAUCUUCAUGAAUGAAAUCACUUAUCAGGUUUAGAUACAGCAAGGCAUUGGCUCCUUGUUUUGGUAUGGACUCAUGGCAAACUGUGGUGUUUGAGAGGUCAGGGGCCCUGCUGAUAUCUCAAAGGAUGACCAUGAUGUCUACUAUUGGAAAGGUCAAGCAACAUUUUGGAUUUGAUCUCGAAUGUCCAGACUCACAGGUUGAAUUUUGGCCAAUUGAAAUCCGGCAUAUGCAGUCUUGGGUUUUUGCAUGGGAAUUAAUGUAAUGCUUAUAACUGAAAAUGAAAUCAUUCAACCAUCUUAAGUCAAACACAAAAUAAUAAAAGAAACAUACUGGCCUUGGAAUUUUGUUGUUAUUGCUGCUAUUAGUUUGUGAUCCAGAAACUGUUAUUAAUAAUA